AUGCCGAGGCCAGGGCAGGUUUGGUGUCACGAGGUUGUAUUGAUGGCAACGAGAUGUUUCCCGUCAUGCAUAGCACGCUACCCAGGUUCACUUCUCCGGUCUUCAUCCACUCUGCCCAAGCUGCCUCAGCGGAUUCACACGUGCAUCGCAUCCUUAUCCGGCUUGGCCUUGCUCGUCCACUGCAGGUACCCCGAGACACCUGAGAAUCAGGAGGCAGAUAGCCACUGA